AUGGCUAUCGACUCGGCCAGCCCGGCACGCGUCUGCAUUCGCGCCUGUGUUACAGACGUGCUAGGCGAUCCUCUCAACCGCACAACAACCUUAGGUCAAGAGUUUUGCCGCAAGAUACUCAAUCGGCAAUUCCAAUCGAUGCCAGCUCUAGCGAGAUACGAUCAUGGCCACAUACCCCCCUCCUUCGAUUCACUCAAACCAGUUUCUGUGUGGUUCGUCUUCGACUUGAACGUAACAAGCGAGCUUACCAAGGGACAACUCAACAACCUUCCGCACUACGUCUAUCUCGCCAGUAGACAACGAGCCGGCGAGCUGGAAUUCAUCUCGCGGGAUGACUGGAGUGAUAUGGCUAAGGAAAGGGCAAAGAUGUAUACUUGGGGUGGGAGACAGGAGCAGGAGGAGCUGCGUGAAAUGCGAAAUCGCCAAGGUCGGCAGUAA